AUAGGCCUUCCAUCUUUCGCUAGUAUGAAACAUCCGCGGGCCUUCGAACAGAUCUUUCAGCAUGUAACUGCACUCACGUGGGUUUCAAUGUUCCUUGGUUUUGCCGUGACUGGUUGGAUUGUUUGGCUCAGCCUAAUAUCUUGGUCAGUCGUUGAAGCUUAUCACUUGUCCAAGAUUAUUCACGCCAGCGGAACGACAUCCGAAUCGGAAACCCUGUUGCGACGUGGUAUAAAGCUUACGCUUGCUAUCUCCUUUAUCUUCACCUACGGGCUCUUUUGGUGGAAUGACAGGGGUUCAGAAGAGCGUGGAAGCCACCCACGUAUAAUCAUGCGCACUCUACCGGUUUGGAAGAAGCUUCAACAGUACUUUCCAAUCAACCUGGUACUGUGUGAAGAUAUCAUGGAUGUAAAUCCUUCUGUGAAAAGUGCAAGGUCAGCUCAGGCGGGUGAACAUCAAACUGUGGUGGCUUCUAAUCCCUCAUUAUUUCCAACAAAUCGAAACUACCUCGUUGGCUAUCAUCCACACGGGAUCUUUGGCGUUGGUGCAUUUGUUAACUUCGCCACUGAAGCUAAUCAAUUCUCUACACUGUUUCCUGGCCUAAAGCCGUGGAUAACAACCCUGCCGAUCAACUUCAAAGCACCGUUUCAUCGAGAUUUUCUUAUGAGCUUUAAUGUGAUCUCGGCAACCUACAAAGGGAUAAGCUAUUUGUUGGAUCCCGGAAAAUGUGGCUCGACUGGUAAUUUUGUGGUCAUCGUUAUGGGAGGUGCACCAGAAGCUUUGGAUUCCCGACCUGGAAAAUACAUCUUCCAUACAAAUAAACGUUACGGAUUUUUCAAAUUAGCUCUCAUGACUGGCACUCCACUCGUCCCGUGUGUUUCGUUUGGUGAACCAAAUAUGUACCACCAGGUGAGAAACCCACCUGGAUGUCGUUUGCGAACCUGGCAAGACAAGUUCACCGAAUUUGCUACCUUUUCAACACCACUGUUCUACGCUCGAGCGCUGCUGCCAUAUCGUACUCCAAUAAAUACCGUAGGUAAGCUCAUUUUCCCAUAUAAGCAAUGACAAAACUAGUUGAAGACAGCAACACCUUAAGUCGAGAUUUUACCUGCUUCCACAUUUCCUAGUGACACUUUUGGAGAGACAGUAGCCAAACCUAGAAGCUUCAAACGGUCACGUAACACUAGUCUUUUCAAUGGAAUAUUCUCUGGUGUAGAUGCACUACUCAGGUGGAAAAAAUUUCCGUUGAAU